UAAACUUUUCUGCUUCCUUUCUCUCUUUCCAGAAACGCAGACCAAAGCCCAAGCCAAUCCUUCCCAGCAGCAGCAGACGCAGUAAACCACAAAGCAAUCAUGGCGGACGAAAGUAUCGAUGUCAAGGAUGAGGUGGCAGAGCUUGCCCCCUUUGAUCCAACAAAGAAGAAGAAGAAGAAGAAGGUGGUGAUACAAGAGAAUUCAGAUGAGGCAGUCGAUUCCCUGGCUGACAAGACUGAAUCUUUGUCAGUCUCUGAUGGGCUUGAGAGUUCUUUUACUGGUUUGAAAAAGAAGAAGAAGAAACAUGUUGAAACCAGUAUGUUGGAUGAGGAAAGUGGGGAUGCAGGAGAAGAUUUGGAUGAUCAUGCAGGAGAGGAUGAAAAUGGGGAGGGUGCUGACCUGCAGCAGCAGCAACGAAACCCCUGGGAUGGGACUGACCGUGAUUAUGAGUACGAGGAGCUGCUUGGUCGAGUUUUCAACAUUCUGCGUGAAAACAAUCCUGAGCUUGCUGGUGACAGGCGAAGAACUGUGAUGAGGCCUCCUCAAGUUCUUCGUGAGGGAACAAAGAAGACUGUUUUUGUGAAUUUCAUGGAUCUGUGCAGGACAAUGCAUCGGCAGGCAGACCAUGUCAUGGCUUUCCUCCUUGCUGAGUUGGGUACCAGCGGAUCCCUUGAUGGGCAACAGAGGUUGGUUGUCAAAGGAAGAUUUGCUCCCAAAAAUUUUGAAGGGAUCCUACGUCGAUAUAUCAAUGAGUAUGUCAUUUGUCUUGGUUGCAAGAGUCCUGACACCAUUUUGUCAAAAGAGAAUCGUCUCUUCUUUCUCAGAUGUGAGAAGUGUGGUUCUGGACGAUCAGUUGCUCCAAUUAAAGCUGGUUUUGUUGCUCGUGUUGGCCGCAGAAAUACUGGGACAUAAGCCUUUAAAAGCCAGGAAUUGUGUGAAUUAGCCGAGAGAUCCUUUUUUGUAUUUGCUGUCUAUCAGCUACUGCUUGCGUGAAUUGUGACAAGCUACCUGAAAUGCUGUCAAUCUAUGAAGCAUACAGAUGUUUCCUAAGAUGGCUAAGUUGUUUCUGGGACUUUGUACUGGUUUUUAGUUUAUAUUUCAAGAGCUGUUUAGAUAAUUU